AAAACCAGCUCGGCGGUCUCUUUUACUGGGGACAAAACUUCCUGAGCCGUUCAAAGCCAUCUUUCCCAGGCCUGAAUGUUUCUUCCUGGUGGAGACUGUACACAGCAGAAGAGGACAGGCCAAAGCAUCGAGCGGCAUCCACUGCGCGGUCCUGGCAGCCCACCGCCAGAGGGGAGGCCCCUGCAUCCCCAGGGGAACCGACCAGCCUGCCUGCCUCCUCGUCCUUCCUCUCUCCAGGAGCCAGGUGAACCGCCAUGCCCCACAACUCCCUCCGCUCAGCAGGCCGUGGAGGACUGAACCAGCUGGGUGGGGCCUUUGUGAAUGGGCGGCCCCUGCCAGAAGUGGUGCGGCAACGGAUUGUGGAUUUGGCACACCAGGGGGUAAGGCCCUGCGACAUCUCCCGGCAGCUGCGUGUCAGUCACGGCUGUGUCAGCAAAAUCCUUGGCAGUAGGUACUACGAGACAGGAAGCAUACGGCCGGGUGUGAUUGGAGGCUCUAAGCCCAAAGUGGCAACGCCUAAGGUAGUGGAGAAGAUUGGGGAUUACAAGCGGCAAAAUCCGACCAUGUUUGCUUGGGAAAUCCGGGAUCGUCUGUUGGCAGAAGGUGUUUGUGACAAUGACACUGUGCCCAGUGUUAGCUCCAUCAACAGGAUCAUUCGCACCAAAGUGCAGCAGCCAUUCAAUCUCCCAGGGGACAGCUGUGUGGUGUCUAAAGCGCUGAGCCCUGCCCACAGCCUCAUCCCCAGUUCAGCUGUGACACCCCCAGAGUCUCCGCAGUCUGAUUCACUGGGCUCCACGUAUUCCAUCAAUGGCAUUCUGGGCAUCAGCGCAUCCAGUAGUGACAGCAAGAGGAAAAUCCAGGACACAGGUGACCCAGACAGCUGCCGCCUCAGCACAGACUCUCAAGGCCACCAUGGUGGCACCCCCCACAAGUACCUGCACAGCGAUAGCUAUGGGCAGCACCCGCCGCAGUGCCCCUUUGAAAGGCAGCCCUUCCCGGAGUUGUAUGCCUCCCCUGGCCCUCAUGGCAAGGGAGAGCAGGCCAGCAUUUACACAUUGCCCCUGCUGGAUGCUUCCAUGGAUGAGGGCAAAGCGAUGCUGACUCCUUCCCACAUGCCGCUUGGGCGUAACCUGGCUGCCCAUCAACCGCCAUAUUCUGGUGCCAUGAAAGGGCGUGAGGCGGUGGGCUCCACCCUUCCUGGCUACCCUCCUCACAUUCCCACCAACCAGCAGGGAACCUACGGCUCUUCAGCGAUCGCUGGCAUGGUGGCAGCAGCAGGCAGUGAUUAUUCCGGAAAUGCUUACAGCCACGGCCAUUACUCCAGCUACGGAGAAAACUGGCGGUUCCCCAACUCCAGCCUCCUAGGUUCCCCUUAUUAUUACAGUUCACCUUCCCGGGGCCCUGUAGCCUCCAUGGUAACGUAUGACCACUUGUAGAGGAUCACAGAGCUGUAGAAGCCAGCCAGCUCAACCUGCUGGUCAGAAGAGAUAGACCUUGUUCAUCAUCCUGAAACAUCUGGGGGAAGGAGGAGCACCUGCGGAUUAGUACUCAGCCCUUGGCAAGGCACAUGAGCAGAAAAUGGACAGGCCAAGCAAAGACAGCCAGCCAAAGUGAUGCACAAAGACUAUGUACCUGGACGUAUAAAAGCCAGGCUGCUCCCCCUCUCCCCUGCCACCACGGCUGGGAAGAAAGGAAGAGAGGGUUCAUUCGGAUUUUGGGAAGCACAGGAGGGCAAGGAGGGAGAAAUGGAUUUUGUGAAAAUGAAGGGCAUAAAACCAGUGACAUGAAGGGGGCACUUUAUUUCUGUUCUUUCUUGCAUCAAGAAAGGAGGGGGGCAUGGAGGAGGGGGGCAG